AUGCCACUCAACAGAGGGAAUCUGUCUUUGUCUGGAGAGGAUUGUCUUCAGCCUUCUGGAGAUGACUCUGACAAACUCUCUCAUCAGAGCGGCUCUGUUUUGGAUCUCAUCCCCUGUGACAGCAGUAAAAUGUAUCCGCACCAGCUGGAGGGAUUUGAGUUUAUGUGGAAGAACAUAGCAGGGUCUACUGAUCUAAAAGACUUGUCCAACUCUGAGCCUAACGACGUUGGUGGGUGCAUCAUAUCUCACGCUCCAGGCACAAGAAAGACUUGCAUGACCAUACUUUUUCUGCACACGUAUCUCAGACUCUUCCCCAAUUCCCGGCCUGUGGUUAUUGCUCCUGCGAGCUUGCUUCUCACUUGGGAAGAAGAGUUCAAGAAGUGGAACAAGAAAUGGGACACCAGCAUUUUAUUCCACAACUUGAAUAAUCCGGAUUUCUCCGGGGCAGAAAAUCCAGAAGCUGUGAGGAUGGUGGAGGCAAAUAGCCACCUCAUGCGAUGUAACGAUGUGAUGCGGGUGAUCAAGGUCUAUUCCUGGAGUAAGAACAGCAGCAUACUAGGCAUAAGUUACAAUCUGCGUGAGAAGCUUGCAGUACACAAUAGGAAAGGCACAAAGGAUCCAGUGAAGAAGGAAAAGAUUGAAAAGAAAGAUGAAGAGAUGAGAAAGAUUCUUCUUGAUUUGCCGGGUGUAGUGGUUCUUGACGAAGGGCACACGCCGCGAAAUCAGAGGAGCAGCAUUUGGAAGCUUCUGCUGAAACUUCGGACUGAGAAGAGGAUCAUCCUCUCGGGCACCCCUUUCCAGAAUAACUUUCUAGAGCUGUAUAACACCUUGUGCUUAGUGAGACCCACAACGGCCAAUGAACUACCCCUGAGUCUCAAGAAAUUCUGCCAGACAACACAGUGGAAAAGAGCUAAAACAGAUGAUAUCAAUUCCCUUGUUCAGCCACAUGACAAAGUGGCUGAUGAUGCAAUUGUGAAUCUCCGGUCUAUCAUGGCUCCGUUUGUUCAUGUUCACAAAGGCAUUCUUAAAGAGAAUCUUCCUGCGAAUGAAAAACCUCUCAUCUGUCAUGAGCGUCAGAAGCUUGAAGAUCUGAAGACUAACACAGAUGCUGGGAUAAAGACGAGGUUCCUAGUGGAGUUAAUCCAGCUCAGCAAAGCACUCGGUGAGAAGGUUCUGGUUUUCAGCCAAUACAAAGAGCCAUUGUCCUUCAUCAGUGACCAACUGAGAUUGACUUUCCAGUGGUCCUCCCAAGGAAAAGAGCUUCUACACAUGCAUGGGAGCCUCAAUCUGAGGGAACGCCAACGUUUGAUUGGAAAAUUCAACAACCCACAGAGCCAAGCAAGAGUAAUGUUAGCUUCGACUAAGGCUUGCUCUGAGGGCAUAAGUCUAGUCGGAGCAUCGAGAGUUGUCUUGCUUGACGUGGUUUGGAAUCCUUCGGUUGAAAGGCAAGCAAUCAGCCAUGCCUUCAGAAUUGGCCAGGAGAAGGUAGUCUAUACCUACCAUCUGAUCACGAAAGGAACCACGGAAUGUAACAAGUUCAGCCAACAGAUGGAGAAAGAAAGAUUGUCCAAGCUGUUUUUCUCCCCAGCUGACAAGGAAAUUGGUGAUGGAAGAAUGUCCAGUCUGGUUGCUGAAGACAGAAAAUUGGAGGAGAUGACUUCCAGCAAAAACUUAAAGGAUAUGUUUGAUCAGAUACUUUACCAUUCCAAUGCAUUUGAGAACUUUGACUCUGAUGCCACCCCAUGA